GGCGGGACGCGCGGCGCGGCAGAGCAUGAUCGUUUCUCAGGCAAAGGUUACUAAGUAACGGCGUGUGUCCGCCCGCCCCUUCCACAGAAAGAAGGCCAAGAUGGUGGCGAGUACUGCCGUUAGAGGCGGAGUGUGAGGCGUUUCCGUCAAGGGGUCCCUCCGCCGCAAACACUGUGGGAAGGCGCGCGAGGCGAACCGGGCUGGCCAGGUAUAUUCUUAGUGGUUGGUUGAUUGUAAAACAUGGCAGCGGGAGGUGGUCCUUUUGAAGAAGGAAUGGAAGAUCAUGACUUGCCCAACUGGGGCAGUGAGAGCCUUGAUGAUCGAUUGAACAAUAUGGGUUGGGGUGAUCAGCCAAAGAGACCAAACCGAUCUUCAGAGAAAAAUAGGAAAAAAAUUAUUGGCGAAAGCGAAAAGAGACUUACUAAUGACAUCUCUCCAGAAUCUACACCGGGAAUUGGACGGCGGAAGUCAAAGACUCCUCAUAGCUUUCCUCACACUAGAUACGUGACCCAAAUGUCUGUCCCUGAGCAGGCAGAACUAGAAAAGCUUAAACAAAGAAUAAACUUCGGUGAUUUGGAUCAGCGAAGUAUUGGAAGUGAUUCUCAAGGGAGAGCAACAGCUGCUAACAACAAACGCCAGCUGAAUGAAAACAGAAAACCGUUCAACUUCCUGUCACUACAGAUUAAUACUAACAAAGGCAAAGAUGCCGCAGCAAGCUCUCAAACACAAGAAACUGAUGGAGCAUCACAGUACAAAGAUUUAUUUACGACUGCCUUGAGUAAGGAUUUGCUACAGAAUUGUCCUGUUUCGAUUGGAGAAGAUGGAAGAGGUGAACCUGCAGUGGACAGUAGCCAGAUUGUAAGCAGAUUAGUUCAAAUUCGUGACUAUAUUGCAAAAGCCAGUUCGAUGCGGGAUGACCUUAUUGAGAAAAAUGAGAGAUCUGCUAAUGUUGAACGCUUAGUACAGCUCAUAGAUCAUUUGAAGGAGCAGGAGAAAUCUUACCUGAAAUUUUUGCAGAAGAUGCUUGCUAGAGAAAAUGAGGAGGAGGAUGGUCGGACUGUAGAUUCAGCUGUGGGAUCUGGUUCUGUAGCUGAGAGCACAUCGCUAAACAUAGAUGUGCGGUCUGAAGUUUCAGAUGCCACGGCUAGAGAUCCCCAGCAGGAGGCUUCCGAGGAGCUUGCCAAUUUAAAGAAGCAACACGAUUUACUGAAGAGGAUGUUGCAGCAGCAGGAGCAACUGAAAGCUCUUAAAGGGAAGCAAGCUGCUCUCCUUGCUCUGCAACAUAAAGCCGAGCAAGCCAUCGCGGUCAUGGACGACUCUGUCGUAACAGAAACUACAGGUAGCAUUUCAGGAGUGAGUUUAACAUCUGAGUUAAAUGAAGAAUUAAAUGACUUAAUUCAACGUUUCCACAACCAGCUUCAUGAGUCUCAGUCUCAGCCUGUGCCAGAUAAUAGAAGGCAAGCAGAGAGUCUCUCUCUUACUAGGGAGAUUUCUCAAAGCAGAAAUUCUUCCGUGUCUGAGCAGUUGUCUGAAGAGAAGGCGCAGCUCUUUAGUAAGAUGAUCGCCCUGCAGGGUAAAAAGCAGAAAAUGGACAAAUUGCUCGGAGAACUACAUACACUUCGGGAUCAGCAUCUUAACAACUCAUCCUGCUUGCCUGCAUCUGGGUCACCUCACAGGAGUAUGGAUCAAAGAAACCCAACUUCAGCAAUUUCUGAAGUGGCAGCUGUCAAUGAAGAACCUCACAGUUUACCAUCAUCUGUUAUGUAUCAUCAGGAUUCUGUAACCUCUCAGAAUGAUUGUGAAGACAAUGAACAUCUAAAUCCAACAGAAAAGCUACAGAAGUUGAAUGAAGUUCGGAAAAGACUGAAUGAACUGCGAGAAUUAGUUCACUAUUAUGAACAGACUUCUGAUAUGAUGACUGAUGCAGUAAAUGAAAACACUAAAGGAGAAGAAGAAACUGAAGAUUCAGAGUGUGAUUCUGAGCAAGAGAAUCCACAGCCAGUUACCAAUAUUAGAAAUCCACAGGGCAGCAGUAGCUGGGGAGAAAUAAAUUGCAAUAGCAAUUUGCAGUGUGGCGCUAAUAACCAAAAUGGGAGGCAUCUUAAUACAGCUUGUGAAAUAAACAACCGAUCUGCCAAUGUAAGAAUGCUGAACAUGCCCUCAGCCUUAGACUGUCAUUAUAACAGAGAAGAUGAUGAAGGUGAAGAUAUACCACCAGGUGAGGAGGAUGAGGAUGGUGAAGCUGAUAGAGCCAGUGAAGCCUCCUUAUCCAGUCGCAGAAGCAGUGUGGCCGACGAUGCUCCAGUAGAUGCGGAGUUUGAACAGAAGCUUAACAGACUGAUAGCAGCAAAGCAGAAACUGAGACAGCUUCAAAAUCUGGUUGCUAUGGUACAAGAUGAUGAUGUAGAGGCAGAGGCUGCAGUGAGGAACAACACGGGUGAAUUAUUUCUGGCUGAAGAGGAAAAAGAAAAGCAGCAACCAAACAACAUUCGAGCCAGCUCAAACAAAUCACCGAAAGGUGUAGGGCUGAAUGAAAAAGCAAGGGAGAAAUUCUAUGAAGCAAAACUUCAGCAGCAACAAAGAGAACUUAAACAUCUCCAAGAAGAAAGGAAGAAACUGAUAAAGAUUCAGGAAAAAAUCCAGGUGUUGCAGAAGGCAUGUCCAGAUCUUCAGUUAUCAUCCAGCCUGGAUAACUGUGUGGGUGAUACUUCAACACCAGCUGAUAAUGAAAUCAACACAGCAAGCAAGGCUGUGGUUCAACCAGAAGAAACAGCUGUGGCUUUCAAUGAGCUUUGGUCUGAGAUGCACAGACACGAGAUUUUAAGAGAGGAAUUGCGACAACGAAGAAAGCAGCUCGAAGCUUUAAUGGCUGAACACCAGAGGAGAAGAGCUGUUGUUGAUAACACGUCUGCUGGAGCAGUUAAAAGUGAUGGAUCAGAGGCUCAAUGCACUCCCCAACAAAGCAGAACAGAAAAAACUAUGGCAACAUGGGGAGGGUCCACUCAGUGUGCACUAGAUGAAGAUGAAGGAGAUGAAGAUGCCUAUCUUUCUGAAGGAUUUGGCCAAGCUGAAGAGGAAGAAGAACAAGAAUCUAGUUCCAAUGAGUUUUCUAUGUGUCCCAAUAAUACAGAUCAAAGUACAUAUUGUGUAAAGGAUGAUAAGGAGAGUUGGAAGAGCCCUCGUCCUCUUUCAGCAGAUGGAAAUUACCGUCCUCUGGCUAAAUCAAGGCAGCAACAGAACAUCAGCAUGCGGCGGCAAGAAAAUCAUCGUUGGAUGUCUGAACUUUCAUAUGUGGAAGAGAAGGAACAGUGGCAAGAACAGAUUAACCAACUGAAGAAACAGCUUGAAUUCAGUGUUAAUAUUUGUCAAACUUUAAUGCAGGAUCAGCAGACUCUCUCCUGUCUCUUGCAAACUUUGCUUACUGGCCCAUACAGUGUGAUGCCAAGUAAUGUUGCUUCACCUCAAGUUCAUCUCAUAAUGCACCAGUUGAAUCAGUGCUAUACACAGUUGACUUGGCAGCAAAACAAUGUUCAAAGAUUGAAGCAAAUGUUGAAUGAUCUAAUGCACAAGCAAGAGCAGCAACAGACGCAGGAAAGAACACCAAAGACAGAGAGAGGCAACAGGGCAGCACCACCUUCAUCCCCAACUGUAUUUUGUCCCUUCAGCUUUCCUUCCCAAACAAUGAACCUGUUUAACUUGCCUGGGUUUACCAAUUUCUCUCCUUUCCCACCAGGUAUCAACUUUGGCCCAGUGUUUCCAUCUGGUUUGGGUGACCUUGCACAAAACUAUGCUACUCAGACCAGCGAACAGCAGCAGCAUCAACCCCCUCUAGAGCAUAGUGCUGCUGGGCAAACGGAGUAUAUGGCAUUUCCAAAGCCUUUUGAAAGUAGUUCCACUGCUGGAGCAGAAAAACCAAGAGGUCUAAGGCAGCCUGAGGAGGAAAUGGAGAACAGUAGACUAACUUGGAUAAACGAUCAUCAGGAUGGAGGGAAAGAAAAGCAGCUGUUCCUCAAGGCUGGGUUUGCAGUGCCGGUACAAAGUGCCGUUUGUGGAAAUCACAAAAAUCAACCUGACACCAGCAGAAGAGAAUUUGAUGAAGAAUCUCUGGAGAGCUUUAGUAGCAUGCCAGAUCCAGUGGAUCCUACUACAGUAACUAAAACUUUCAAACCUAGAAAAGCAUGCGCACAAGCCAGUCUGGCUUCCAAAGACAAAACCCCAAACUCCAAGAAUAAGAGGAGGAGUACUUCCCAGUUUAAAAACAGGCCUAAAACUAAUGGUUAUGAAAGUGCCAGUGUUUCUAGUACAUGCGAACCUUACAAGAGCAAUAGGAGCAGACACUCAACUCGGAAGGAAGAAGCUAUUCAAGCAAAAGUAUUCAGUAAAAAGAAUCGAGAACAACUAGAAAAAAUAAUUAAGUACAGUAGAUCAUCAGAAAUGUCCUCAGCACAUGCUAGGAGAAUACUGCAGCAGUCUAACAGAAAUGCAUGCAUAGAAGCACCAGAAACAGGCAGUGAUCUUUCCAUGUUUGAAGCUUUGAGAGACACCAUUUAUUCUGAAGUAGCCACACUGAUAUCUCAGAACGAAUCUCGGCCUCAUUUUCUCAUUGAGCUUUUUCAUGAACUUCAGAUGCUAAAUUCAGACUAUUUGAGACAAAGAGCAUUGUAUGCUUUACAGGAUGUAGUAGCCAGGCAUAUAUCAGAAGACAGCGCAAAAGAAGAAUGUUCAAAACGACUGAGCUCAGCAGCAUGGGUAGGAUCCAAUUCAGAGCUUACACCCAGCGAAAGCCUUGCCACUACUGAUGAUGAGACAUUUGAGAAGAACUUUGACCCAGGAGCCUGUAGAGGACAUGAACAAAACGUUGCAGACAGUGGCAGUACUAUGUCUACAUCUUCAAAUUUUGAACCUUUUGCUACUGAUGAUCUUGGCAAUACUGUCAUUCAUUUAGAUCAGGCGUUGGCUCGGAUGAGAGAAUAUGAGCGGGUAAAAAUGGCAGCCGAAAAUAACCUGGACUCUGGAGAUUGUAGUAGUAGUAAUCCCCAGAUUGCUACUACUUCUAAACGGGAAGAUUCAAUUGAAGACCACUGUGUGCAACAACCUAGUGAAGUAUCUGCUGUUCCUUGUCCACGAAUUGAUACUCAGCAGCUUGACCGGCAAAUUAAAGCUAUCAUGAAAGAAGUGAUCCCUUUUCUGAAGGAACACAUGGAUGAGGUAUGUUCCACUCAGCUCUUGACUUCAGUAAGGCGCAUGGUCUUGACCCUUACACAACAAAACGACGAAAGCAAAGAAUUUGUGAAGAUUUUCCAUAAGCAACUUGGAAGCAUACUGCAGGAUUCACUGGCAAAAUUUGCUGGUAAGAAAUUAAAGGAUUGUGGAGAGGACCUUCUUGUGGAGAUUUCUGAAGUCUUAUUCAAUGAACUAGCCUUUUUUAAACUCAUGCAAGACUUGGACAAUAAUAGCCUUACAGUGAAACAAAGAUGUAAAAGGAAGAUAGAAGCAGGUGGAAUGAUACAGUCAUAUGCCAAAGAGGCAAAAAGGGCACUCGAAGGAGGAGCUUGUUCAUCUGUUAUUGAUGAAGACAAAGAUAAAGAUGAAACUGAAACGGUGAAGCAGGCUCAUGCACCUGCAGCGUAUAAAGAAGACGACCCCAAAAGCAGAGACUCAGAUGCUUCUGACCAGGAAGAAGAGGAAAGUGAACAUUGCCCAGUAUCCAUAAGUUUGUCUAAAGCAGAAACUCAGGCUCUAACUAAUUAUGGAAGUGGAGAAGAUGAAAAUGAAGAUGAGGAAAUAGAUGAAUUUGAAGAAGGACCUGUAGAUAUCCAAACCUCCCUCCAAGCAAACAAUGAAACUAUAGCUGAAAAUGAACAGGAGCAGGUUUCAUUGCACAAAUUGGAGAACCCAAAUGGCUGCAAUACUGAGUUGCCACCUACAAGUGUUGAAGGUGAUCAGAAUUUGCCUGCUGUUGUGCCUCCAUAUAUUACUGUAUUGGAAGAUGCACAGCUCUUACCUGCGAGAGUUGCUGAGGAUUUUAAUCCCAGCGCUGUAUUAACAGCAGAAGAAUCAACUCCUUCACCGACAGAAAAUAAAAAUCAAACAUCAGAAACUCUGCCUGGAGAAGCCAAAUCUUCACCAGGGUCCCCUGAAAGCUCUGAGGCAGGAAGUCCUGAUACAGAAUCUCCUGUGCUGGUGAAUGAAUAUGAAACUGGUUCUGGAAAUGUCAGUCAGAAAUCAGAUGAAGAUGAUUUUGUAAAGGUUGAACAUGUGCCCCUUAAACUGGCAGUGUAUUCAGAGGAAGAUCUGAUGAAGAAGAUAGUGGCAGAAGCCCAGACCAACAAUAUUGCUGAGGAAAUACUAGCUAGUGCAGAAAGUCACGGUGAAGAAUUAGCAGGUGAUCCACAGAUGCUGAAGGAACCCGAGACUGCUGGCCCCCAAAGUGCUUGAAAAUCGCCUCCAGAGCUUCUCUUUGGCUUAUGUUCUGUGAAUGCAUAUAGAAAACUCCUCCUAAAUUUCACAUGUUCCAAUCUGUAUAAAAAUGUAAAUUAGUUUUUUCACUGCCUCUGCACAUAAAAGCCCAAACAGCUAAAGCUUACUUUUCAGUCUGGCCGCACAGUUGUUCUUUGUCUUACAUUUUUAAAUUGUAAUUUCAGCAAUUUUAAAAUGUAGUUUUAAAUAAAGUUUACUUGUAUGUGUUUUGAA